AUGGCUUACAUCGCCAAGUCUUUCUAUGAUCUCGGUGCCAUCAGCCUGGAUGGGGAGAAGAUAGAUUUUAACACGUUCCGAGGCAGGGCGGUGCUAAUUGAGAAUGUCGCCUCACUCUGAGGAACAACCACCCGAGACUUCACCCAGCUCAACGAACUGCAGUGUCGCUUUCCCAGGCGCCUGGUGGUUCUCGGCUUCCCCUGCAACCAAUUCGGACAUCAGGAGAACUGUCAGAACGAGGAGAUCCUGAACAGCCUCAAGUAUGUCCGCCCCGGGGGUGGGUACCAGCCCACCUUCAGGCUUACCCAAAAGUGUGAGGUCAACGGGCAGAACGAGCAUCCAGUCUUUGCCUACCUGAAAGACAAGCUGCCCUACCCUUAUGAUGACCCGUUCUCCCUCAUGACCGAUCCCAAGCUCAUCAUGUGGAGUCCGGUGCGCCGCUCAGAUGUGGCCUGGAACUUUGAGAAGUUCCUCAUAGGUCCAGAAGGGGAGCCAUUCCGUCGCUAUAGCCGCACCUUCCAAACCAUCAACAUAGAGCCAGACAUCAAACGGCUCCUCAAAGUAGCCAUCUAG